GCGCAACAGCUUGCUUUUGCUGUCGCAGUGGAAUCCACUAUGCUGGCAACCAAAAUAUAAACUUUGUCAAGAGAAGACCUGCAGUUAUAACAAAUAUAAGUUUCGUGUCGAUGCUAGAAAUGUAUAUUGUCCGCUUGCAUGUAUUACUGCAGUUUUGUCAAGGAAACGUUUCAAUCAAUCCAAUACGCACCACGUGGUUUGGGUUUGUCCAAUUGGAGCAACGSUUUGAUACCCGAAAGCGUGCCCUUUGUUCAGGAUUUCGCCAAGUUAUCAACAAUAUGGUCGAAUUAACUUUUAUACAGCAACAUGUGGACAACGAAUAUGAUUUGUAACGGCAAGAUGACAAUUUCUGGAUACAUCAAUAUAUUUUUUUCCCCUGGGGCAGUGAGUGUGUAGCCUACAACUUUUUGGCAAACAUUUUGCCAUGAGCUUAUUCAUCACAUGACUUCCCUUCCCCCACCCAAAGAAUGAUGAAGAAGUCGGACAUGUUUGAGGGAAAUGUGUUGAAAAAAAAAGUAUCGUGAUGGAGGACAAGYAGAAUUUUGAAGUAAAGUUUUUACUUUGCAUAAUGGAUUUACAAAUUGAGAUUUUUAAUAGUUACAUUUUAUGUAACCCUGGGAGUCAAUUAGCAAACUCUUUGUUGGUAUUUACUCAAGAUUAAGACAAAUAUUAAUGUAUGGUUUAAUUCAAGUUUCAUUGUAUUUAGAAGCUUUCAAAUGUAUACUUUUUGUCCGUAUAUAUUGAAAAUCGCGAGGAUUUAGUGGAGUGACAUUGAAGAGAACGUGUAACCUUGGUGUGGGGGAUGGGUAUUAUCGUUUGGGAACCAUUUUGUAGAGRUUUUAAAACUACCUUUACGAGUUUUUUUUGUCGAAGGUUGGCAUUGUGCUGAUAAUUCAGUAUACUCUKGUUUGUUGCACGUGGACUUCGUCGAAUGAAUAUCUUGGUAUGAUAGGAAAUGGUUGGGGAUUUAGUUGUCUAUGUUAAAUGUAGAUAUAACUAGUUUGGAUUCUCUGGACAGCUAAUGUUGACGACUUGUAAGGUUUAUAGUUAUGAUUUAGUUGAACUGUUCAAAUCGUGAAUGCGGCCUACUUGGGUGUUAUUGAAGUUGAGCAACUUUUCUCUAAAAUUCUUAACAGAUGCGACCUUUGCUAGAAGGUUCUCUUAUAGUAAUUGUUAAGUGGUUGUGUGUAUAUCCGAAAUUCUUAUCUGAUUUGAUAACCAUUUCAGCAAGAGUUGAGAGAAUUGCUGUGUCAUACAAUGGAGGGCAAUUUCCUUUGCCACUUUAGCUUAGUUUGCUUUAUCCUCCCUAAGACAUUUAAAACCUCAGCUUCAGUGUGUGUUAAGCUAUUGUGUCCAUCAAAUGUUGUGCUAUUAAUAGUGUCAGGCCUUGGUUGAGUUAUGACAUUAGUAGGCCUCGGAUAAUGGUAGCCUUUCUUGUAGUUGUCAGAAAUAAUUAUUCCUGGUAAAAUAUGUAGUUAGGUCAGACAGCACGUGGUUUGAAACUAGGCGUUAUGAUCAUCGCCCUUUUGAUCCAACGCAGGGAGUGGUAUUACUUGUACAUUUUGUGACACCAUCAUGUAUGCACAUGUAUGCACAGUCAAGCUCGUGUGCACUUCAAGAUGGCGCUCCGUCAACACAACUAAAAUGCGGCUACUCGGAAAGAAAUGUGUUUAAGCGCUCGGCCUACGUUUGGCAUCUGAUAGAUACGUGUGACUGAACUCGCUAACCAAUGGCUUGCUUUCUGUUUACUCUGGAAGUUCGCGCUGGAGCUCCAGRGACCAAUCAUUAUCGUUGCAUUGCCCACGCUGACGUAAUGUAAUUUGAUAAGCGAAAGGGCGGGUUGUUGGAUGUCGCAUUUCGUAAUCGACUACGUAAAAUAACCAAUCAAAGUAUACAUUUUGAGUGCUGGGAGGUCUAGCCAGUAAUAUUGCGAUUGAUAAUAACAAUAUACAAAUCGGUUGGAUGGGAAGCAUAUAGGAAAACAAAUGGUGUUUGGAGGUGUGGUUACCCUGGUUGACAUGUUCAACUGCGAAUAGAAAAUCAUAGGGCGUAGUCUUAUAUUUCGUAUCCAAUAGAAUGCAUGGUUGGUCUAUAAAUUGUCGGGCAUAGACGCGAGAUGCCAUUUCGCUGAAGCAGUGAUCAGUUGGAUUCCGUGAGGGCUGGAGGAAAGCACGGGCAAAACAGGAACUUGAAUAUUGGUAUUUAAACAGAAUCCGGAUCCAUCGCGAUGGAGACGGCCAUAAACCCGCCCCAUGACAGCUCCCUGGGCGGGGUCGACGUAGGCCUGCAUGGCYUCAUGGCGAUGGAGCAGGGCCCYCCGGGCCCCGGAAAGCGCAUCCGGAAACCYUCACUGCUGUUCGAGGGAUUCGAGGGCCCGCCGUUGCUCCCCCACGGGCAAGCUCCCCCCUCUGGGUCACCACGGCCCCUAGUGCACGACACGAACCGGCAGGGCCGCGCCACCAACCAGCUGCAGUUCCUCCAGAGAGCCAUGAUGAAGUACCUGUGGAGGCACCACUUCGCAUGGCCCUUCCAUGAGCCUGUGGACGCCUCCAAGCUCAGCCUGCCUGACUAUCACAAGAUCAUCAAGCAGCCCAUGGACAUGGGGACCAUCAAGCGGCGCCUGGAGAGCAACUACUACCGCAGCGCCAGCGAGUGCAUGCAGGACUUCAACACCAUGUUCACCAACUGCUACAUCUACAACAAGCCAACAGAUGAUAUUGUUCUGAUGGCCCAGUCCCUGGAGAAAGCGUUCCUUCAGAAGGUUGCCCAGAUGCCCCAGGAGGAGAUAGAACUGCCCCCUCCUCCACCACGGGGCAAACCGGGCAAGCCAGGCAGAGGACGCAGGGCCACAGUACCAGGAGGAGUGACGACUGCUCACCAGGUCCCGGCAGUGUCCCAGUCRGCGUACUCUCCCCCCACGCCGGAKACCCCAGAGUCGCUCUCAACCCCSCCACAGACYCUCCUGGCCAAGAGCCUACCUCUCACCCUCCACAGUACUCCUGCUAUGCUAGGCUUAUCCCCCACACAGCCCACAGCSAAGAAAAAGGGAGUGAAGCGGAAAGCAGACACCACCACCCCCACCACCAUGGCCAUGCCCAUCACCGUGGGCGUUGGCGGGAUUGGCAUGGGCAUGGCCGGCGGGCCCGACUCACCAUUGACACUCACCUCGCUGGGGGUAGGCCAUGGCCUGGGCCUGGGGCUCGGGAUGGGGAUGGGUAUUGGUAUGGGCCGCGGCAGAGGCACYGCGGGCACCAAAGCACCUGCAGGGAGGCGGGGAGUCAGCGGGCGCCCUAUCAAGCCCCCGAAGAAGGACCUGCCGGAUUCUGUGCAGCUCCAGCCGGUGCGACGCGGCAAACUGGGRCAGCAGCUCCGGUACUGCAACGGGAUUCUCAAAGAGCUGCUGUCCAAGAAACACGCYGCGUACGCCUGGCCCUUUUACAAACCAGUGGACGCCUCCAUGCUGGGCCUACACGACUACCACGACAUCAUCAAGCAGCCCAUGGACCUCAGCACCAUCAAGAGGAAAAUGGACAGUCGAGAYUACCGGGACGCCCAGCAGUUUGCCGGCGACGUGAGGAUAAUGUACUCUAACUGCUACAAGUACAACCCUCCAGACCAUGACGUGGUAGCCAUGGCACGCAAACUACAGGACGUCUUUGAGUUCUGCUUUGCCAAGAUGCCCGACGAGCCCGCGGCCCCUCCUGCUUCCAUGGGUGGGCACUCCUCAUCUUCUUCAUCUUCCUCCUCGUCCUCGUCUGAGAGCGACCCCAGCAGCGAGAGCGAGAGCGACAGCAGCCCCAGCUCGGACAGCGAGGAGGAGCGAGCACACCGCCUGGCCGAGCUGCAGGAACAGGUGUGUACACAGCUGAAAGCAGUUCAUGAGCAACUGGCAGCACUCUCCCAGGGCCCCAUCGUCAAGCCUAAGKGGAAGAAAGAGAAGAAGGACAAGAAGAAGAAGAAGAAGCCCGAGAAGCAUCGGGGAAGCCGGGUYCCAGUCGAAGAGGAUAUACCCAUCCGGCCGGCUAAAACGCCCAAGGUCACCAAGAUGCCGAAGAUGUCGAAGACACCCAAGAGCAGCAAAGGGGGCUCCACACAGGGCAAGAGGAGCACUGGCAAGAAGAGCAACAAGAGCAAGUCCUCCAAGAAGUCUCAGGCAGUGACGCUCAGCAUGCACCAGAUGAGCGCCGCCGCCAUGCUCCCCCACUACGACUCCGAGGAGGAAGACGAGGUYUCGCCCAUGAGCUACGACGAGAAGCGGCAGCUCAGCCUGGACAUCAACAAGCUGCCCGGGGAGAAGCUGGGCCGCGUGGUUCARAUCAUCCAGGCACGCGAGCCGUCGCUGCGCGACACCAACCCAGAGGAGAUCGAGAUCGACUUUGAGACGCUCAAGCCGUCCACGCUGCGKGAGCUGGAACGUUACGUCAUGACCUGCCUCCGCAAGAAGCCUCGCAAACCCUAUGCAGGGAAGAAAGGUGGAGCAGGGAAGUCCCGGGAGGAGCUGGCUCUGGAGAAGCAGUUGGAACUGGAGCAGAGGUUGCUGGAUGUCAGCGGSCAGCUCAACUCUGGCAAGAAGCCUCAGAAAACCAAAGCAGAGAAGCCCAGUGCAGUGGAGCCCCACGCCGUAGCAUCUCGCCUCAGCGCCAGCAGCUCCAGCUCAGACUCUUCCUCAUCUUCUUCCUCGUCCUCCUCUGACACCAGUGACUCGGACUGAAAGCUCCAGAUGGAUGGGCAUUGAGCCCACGAACCCCAGACAGGACAGAGCAGGACUGCCAACAGAGCUGCAGGAGGGUCAGACUAUAGUCAGAACUGACCCGGAAUUAAAAAAGAUAGAGAAGAAUCCAGUCCCAACAGAAAGAGUGGAUGGAGAGAGAGUGGGUUUUUUCAUUGCUCUAGAAACCUAGAGGCUUGACAGAGAUGAUGUGCCGUCUCAUAGGAAAAAGAGCCAAUGGCAGGAUCUCUACUGGCUCUAGAAAGAUGGCAGGAUCCCUACUGGCUCUAGAAAGAUGGCAGGAUCCCUACUGGCUCUAGAAAGAUGGCAGGAUCUCAACUGGCUCUAGAAAGAUGGCAUGAUCUUCUCCUGGCUCUAGAAGGCAGGAUCUCAAGAUGGCAGGAUCUCUACUUAGCUCUAGAAAGAUGGCAGGAUCCCUACUGGCUCUAGAGAAAGAUGGCAGGAUCUCAAGAUGGCAG